AUGUCUAGUAGCAAUAAUACUUCUAGGAGAGUGACUCGAGGUCGGCAAAGGAUUCCCCUUGCUAGAAUAGAAAACGAUGUUCGACGUAAUAUAACAUUUUCAAAACGUCGCACUGGUUUAUUUAAAAAAGCCAGUGAGAUGUCCACUUUAUGUGGCACAGAGAUUGCAAUGGUGGUAUUCUCUCCAUCUGACAAGGCUUUCACCUUUAGCAACCCUGAUUUGAACAUGGUCCUUACCAAGUACUUUGUUCGAAACCCCACAACAGAAGCCAACAUCUCUGAACUGCUUGUCCGUAAUCACCGGGAAGCCAACAUGAGAAUGAAGACUGCCCAAAUCAAUAUCCUUGAAGCUCAAAUUGAUGAAGAAAUGUUAGUCAAUCAAGCUUUGAGAGAAGCUGAAAGAGGUAGACCAUCCAUAUCUAGUCUUCAAUUGCCUGAGCUACAAUCCAUUAAACACAACAUGGAAACACUCUAUCAUCAAGUAAUUGAAAAAUUAAAUCAGUUUUUCAUGAUGGGGGCACAAUCUCAAGCCAUGCCAACUCACUUUGGAACCAAUGGUGAUGCUGGAUCAAGUGGUUCAUGUUUUACUUUAUUUUAG